UCUGUUAUCGGCUUCUCUACUCAGUAAUUUGCGUAUCACACAGCUGCAGAUGAAUGUCAUUUUGGGUCUUUAUGAAUAGUAUUAUAUGGCGUAGAGACUUUGCACAACAGUGUACAAACAAAUGUAGUGAAAAUUAGCCUACUCAGCAAAUCCGUUUACCUGUCAGCGGUGUACAAAGUCAAAGUCUUAUGUGACGCUGGACGAGCGGUGAAGCACCGAGACCGACACGAGUAAAAACAGCUGGGAAGAAACUGGAAAAGCGCUUAUUCUGGCUUAUGCUGGGCGCUGUGAUGGUGGAGGACAGGACCAUUAUGAGGGGACGGGUGACAGUGUACUCAGUGCCCGGCUGUCCUCACUGCAUACAGGCCAAGGCUACUCUGAGUACAUUAGGUGUGCCUGUGUGUGAUGUGGAUGUGAACAAACACAGAGAAAUAAGAGCACAGCUGAAGGAGCUCACAGGUCGCAGUACCGUACCACAGAUAUUCUUCAAUAACAUGUAUGUGGGAAACAACGAGGACCUCCAGAAACUGGAUCCUGAGCAGCUGGAACGCCUCGUCCUAUCAGUAAGACAGGAACCCAUGUCGCUGGACGCUCCACCUGUACCUGGAGAAAACAACCUUGACUCUGAUGGUGAGAUUGAUGGAGCAGCCUGUGAGCUUUCGGAGGCACUGAGGAAUCUGAUCCUGAAACUCUACUCUGAUCAUCUCUCUGAAGAUGGCAAGACGGUUGAUUACAAGGCCAUGUCCCGGAGCCUGUACUUUGAGCGCUACUGUGAUCUCGCUGUCCAACUUCAGCGCGUGGAGCUGCUGUCUCUGAGUCGUGAAGAGAAACUGGCUUUCUUUAUCAACGUGUACAACGCCCUCGUCAUCCACGGGAACCUGCGUCUGGGCUUUCCCAAAAACAUAUGGCAAAGGUAUCGGUUCUUCAACUAUGUGAGCUACUUCAUUGGUGGUCAGGUAUUCACACUGCAGGAUAUUGAAAAUGGAGUGCUUAGAGGAAACCGCAAAGGUGUGGCACAACUCCUGAAGCCCUUUUCCAGGAAUGACCCUCGACUGCAGGUGGCACUUCCUGAUGUUGAGCCUCUCAUUCAUUUUGCACUGAACUGUGGUGCAAAGGGCUGCCCUCCAAUUAAGACAUACACACCACAGGACAUUGAUAGUCAGUUGCGAGCUGCAGCAGAAGCGUUCCUGGAGAAUGACGACAGCUGCGUGAUUGACAGCGUGAGACGAGAAGUGAAGCUCAGCCAGAUCUUUAAGUGGUACAAGACAGAUUUUGGAGGCACUGAUGAGAAGCUGCUGAACUGGGUGUUUGAGCAUAUGGGAGCAUCACAGAAGAAGAGGAAUCUACAGACUCUGCUGUCAGAUGGAAAGGUCAAAGUGAGCUAUCUGCCCUAUGACUGGUCUAUAAACAGCACAGACUGAACUAAGCCACAUUCUCAUGCACACGAUUGCUCUUUCACUGACUCAUUGUGGGUACUGUGGUUUCUCACAUGCAGCAGAGACGAGUGAUUUAAAACAGAACUGUACCCUGAAACUAUGCAUUUCGAACCCUUUACCUUGUUCUUCCACCUCCCAAAGGGCAAUGUGAUACUGUAGCCUAAUAUUUCUAAUGAAAUUUUAUACCUAGAACUUUCCAAAUUGUAUUGCAGUGUUUUGCACUGAUUAUUAUGCAGUUACAUGUCUUAAAUAUUCUCAUGCUAGGAUGUCUUUAAUUCAUCUGCAUUAUUAUAUGUAUUGUACUGUAUCUACGUAAAUUUUUCAGCAAGUUUUCAGCAACACUAUGAAAAGCUAAAAAGAACACAUGGAACAUAAUUUGCACAGAUUGAGCUAUGGUGCAUAUUGCUUGUAAUAUAGAUUUUUUCAAAAGACCUCAAGGAAAAAAAUUAUAUUUAAUCAUUUUUAUAUAUGCACCAAUUUAACAAUACACAGUAAUAAACAGCAAUAUUUAACUAUGUAUAUUUUUACAAAAACAUUUAAAUAUAUGAAAAAUUUGCACGGAUGCUUCCAGGAAUGUUUGGAUGAUGACAGAAAUAUAUAUUAAAGGGGUCCUAUUAUGCUCUUUUAUAAAGUCUUGAUUUUGUUUUGGGGGUGUGCUAGAACAUGCUUUCAUGCUUGGUGGUUCGAAAAACUGAUUAUUUUUAACAUAAUUUACAUUAUUACAAUACAUUUUUCCCAGCCUGGCAGAUAAGGCUCGAUUAGUUUCCGGGUUUAAUGAAGGCCCGUCUUCUGAAAAACUAAAUGUGUUGUGAUUGGUUAGCUGUCCCACUGCGUUGCGAUUGGCGAACAGCUUAGACGGUGUUUCAGUACUGCCACUCCCCCUGUCAAAGAAGCAAGUUCCGUGUACAACUGUUAGCGCAAGCUAGAUUAAAGUAAUUCUUACGUUUUUAAAUAUGGAUAUUUUUCUUACAAAAACGCAUUGAUUCGCUAAAGGAGUCCUUUAUUAACCCCCCGGAGCCAUGUGAGGCACUUUUUAUUAGGGAUGGAUGCAUAUUAUUGGACUUGUUUUGGACAGAUGAAGAGAAACACCCGUCUAUGCCAUUCUAAAGCUUGGGAGUGCCAGGAUAAAUUUUAAUAUAACUCUGAUUGCAUUCGUCUGAAAGAAGGAAGUCAUAUACACCUAGGAUGCAUGGAGUGUGAGUAAAUAAUACGCUACAGAAGUAUUGGGUCCUAUCGUCUGCCUACGGGAUCGCCAGUGCAUGAUAUUAUCGUGCUAAUGUAUUUAAUUAUUUACAUACUUAGUUUCUUUGCCCGAAACCAGCUCCAGCAUAAGGCUAAAAGCAGCCUAACAUUAUCAAAGAACAUCAUCACUGAUCAGCCUAGCCUAGUCGAGUGCAAGUUUAUGCAUUUAAAAAAAACACUUGCGUUAUAAGUAAAGCUACACUGUAUGAUGAAUAAAUCUCUUACCACACACUGCAUACGUCUGCGGCAUUACGACUCCGACGUGGCAACCGGAGUAGUUUGCGGCUUUGGCAUGUGUUUCGACCCUCUGUACUGCACACGUCUGUGGCACGUUACAGCUCUGAAGCGGCCACUCUAGUCAAUGCUUGUGUUUAUACUCGUUAAGGCGGUUCUCUCCGCCCUGCAUCGCUAAAGUUAGACUAAUGCCCCACCUCGUCCCUACCCUCCAACAAUUCGAAUUUCUGUGGGGGGGAUUUAAUUGAAUGAUAUUCUAAUGGAUGGUGUUGUGACAUCAUUGCAUGCAGAAAACAAACGUUGUAAUCCAAAGGAGCAGUUCGUUGUAAUUCUUGAAAAGGGAUUUUAAAGAAAAACAAAAUAUCUCCUUUUGGAGUGGACUUUGAGAUUUGUAACUUUGUAGACCUUUUUUAUUCCCAAAGAUACACACCACACACUGACUAAAGUUCAAAAAGUGAAAAAGCAUAAUAGCACCCCUUUAAAAUACAUUUUAAAUAUCUAUCUAUUCACAGUGUUGUUUUAAAGUAUUACAGUGCCUUGCAAAAGUAUUCAUACCCCUUCAUUUUUUCACCUUUUUUUAAGUUACAACCUUAUGUUAAACUGCUUUAAAUGCCUUUUUUUCCACAUCAAUUUACACUCCAUAGUAUAAUAUACCAUAAUGACAAAGCACAAAACAGAAUUGUGGCAACUUUGCAAAUUUAUUAGAAUUAAGAAACUGAAAUAAGUAAAUUGCACAAGUAUUCAUUCCCUUAACAUGGUACUUAGUUGAAGCACCUUUACAGACUCGAGUCUUUUUGGGUAUGAUGCCACAAGUUUUGCACAUCUGCAUUUGGCAAUUAUCCUCACUUCUUCACCUCUCAGGCUCUGUCAGCUUGGAUGGGGUCUGGCAGACAUUUUCAGGUUUCUCCAGAAAUGUUUGAUUGGGUCACUCAAGGACAUUCACAGAGUUGUCUAUAAGCCACUCUUGCUGUGUGCUUACCGUCACUGUCCUGUUGGAAGGUGAACCUUCUGCCUAGUCUGAGGUUCUGAAUGCUGUGGACUGGGUUUUCAUUAAGGCUAUCUUGAUAUUUUAGUGCAUUGAGCUUUCCUUCUACUUUGGCGAGUCCCUCAGUCCCUGCCUCCAAAAAAACAGCCCCACAGUAUUACUGUUAGGAUGAUACUGUACAGGUGAUGAGCAGUGCUUGGUUUGCUUUUAAGAUGAUGCUUGGAAUUGAGGUUCAUCAGACCAGAGAAUCUUGUUUCUCACAGUCUGAGAGUUCUUUAGGUGCUUUGUUGCAAAUUCAAAGUGUGUUUUCAUGUGUCUUCACUGAGGAGAGGAUUGAGUAUGGCCACACCACCAUAAAGACUGAAGUGGUGGAGUAUUGCAGUGAUGUUUGUCCUUUUGUAAAUUUCUUCCAUCUGCAUAUAUGAUCAUGGAGCUCAACUAGAGUGACCAUCAGCUUUUUGUUCACUAAUAUAACCAAGCCCCUUUCUCCAUCAAUUGCUCAGUUUGGCCAGGAGGUCAGCUCUAGGAAGAGUCCUAGUUGCUCCAAACAUCUUUCAUUAUGGAUAAUAUGCAGCAGAAUUUUUUUCUGAACUCUUUCCCAGAUCUGUGUCUUGAUGCAAUCCUCUCUCUGAGCUCUUCAGGCAGUUUUUUUUAUUUUUUAUUUCAGGGAUUGAUUUUUGCUCUGAUAUGAAUUUUCAGCUGUGCAGCUGAGCUUUUAUUGAGAGGUGUGUGCCUUUCCAAAUCAUACUCAUUCAAAUGAAUUUGCCAUAGAUUAACUCCACUCAAAGUGGAGUGUAGAUUGAUGUGGGGGGAAAUAAGUUAUUUAAAGCAGUUUAACAUACGUUUGCAACACAACAAAAUAUGAAAAUCAUGAAAGGGUAUGAAUACUUUCACAAGGCACUGUAGUUCAUUUCCAGAAUUAAAAUUUCCUGAUAAUUUACUCACCCACGAUGUCAUGUUCAUGUCUUUCUUUUCUAAGUCAAAAACAAAUUAAGGUUUUUGAGGAAAACAUUCCAGAAUUUUUCUUCAUAUAGUGGACUUCAGUGGGACCCAAUUUGUUCAAGGUUCAAAUUGCAUUUUCAAUACAGCUUCAAAGGGCUUUACAUGAUCCCAGCCAAGGAAUAAGGGUCUUAUCUAGUGAAGGUCAUUUAAAAAAAAUAAAUAAAUAAAAACAAAUACUUUUUACCCACAAAUGCUCGUCUUGCACUAGCUCUGCGAUCUGCAAAUAGCUCUGCGUCUGCAACUUCACACAACACGUAAUCGUGUUGGAAACGUCACACACGGUUAGUUCUUUGUCUUGUUUUCUCCUCCAACUUCAAAAUCAUCCGACAUAGUUGCUUUACCUUUUUUGUGAAGUUUGACUUUCUUUGUAAACACUGGGUCGUGCAUAAUUAAGUAAUGCAUGAGGUCGAGCUAGUGCAAGACGAGCAUUUGUGGUUAUAAAGUAUAUAAAUCUUUAUUUGUUUAUUUAUUUAUCUAUAAAUGGCCAAUUAUUUCGCUAGAUAAGACCCUCAUUCCUCAGCUGGGAUCGUGUAGAGCUCUUUGAAGCUCCAUUGAAACUGCAGUUUGGACCUUCAACCUGUUGGCCACCAUUGAGACAUAUGGAGAAAAAUCCUAGAAUGAUUUCCUCAAAAACUUCAUUUCUUUUCGACUGGAGAAAGAAAGAUAUGAACAUCUUGGAUGACAGGAGUCAGUAAAUUAUCAGGAAUUUUGUAUAACUAAUCUUUUAAAGAAUAGUUCACCAAGAAAAGUCUUAAUUGACUUUUAAGCUAUAUUCAAAGUCUUAAAGGAGAAGUCCACUUCCAGAACAACAGUUCACAAAUAAUUUAUUCACCCCCUUGUCAUCCAAGAUGUUCAUGUCUUUCUGUCUUCAGUCGUGAAGAAAUUAUGGUUUUUGAGGAAAACAUUUCAGGAUUUUUCUCCAUAUAAUGAACUUCAUUGGUGCCCCGAUUUUGAACUUCCAAAAUGUAGUUUAAAUGCAGCUUCAAAGGGCUCUAAACAAUCCCAGCCGAGGAAGAAGGGUCUUAUCUAGCGAAACAAUCUGUCAUUUUUUUCGGAAAAUAAAUUAUUUUAUACUUUUUAGGCACAAAAGCUUGUGUAGCACAGGCCCUGGGAUGCGCGUUUACUACGCUAUGUACUCUUGAAUCACGUUGAAAGGUCACACGGAACUACAGACCCAGUGUUUACAAAGUGAACACGCAAAGACUAAGGAAGUGCAAGUAAGUCAAACGCUGUUUACAAACAAAAAGUUGUAGGAGAAAAUAA